AUGGCAGAACAUAAAACAAUAUACGAGUUUACUGUCAAAGAUGCAGAUGGGAAGGACGUCUCGUUGAGUAAAUACAAAGGUCAGGUCGUCAUCGUAGUGAACGUCGCUUCAAAAUGUGGUUACACCCAUGGUCACUACACAGAGUUGAAGCAACUUCAAGACAAGUACUACAAUGAAGGUCUUCGGGUAGCUGCAUUUCCCUGCAAUCAGUUCGGCGGACAGGAGCCUGCUUGCGAACUUGAUAUUAUGAAGUUUGUCAAGGAUACAUACAACUACGAACCUGACCUAUACGCGAAGGUAAGUCAUACCUUUGUAAAGCCACCUUCUGCAGACGUAAUUUGCAAGCAAUGUCGCAACAGGUGUGAAAGCGAUCCCCUCGAUUUGCUACACCCUGAAUACAUAUAA